CGUAGGCAAAAACCAAUUUGUGAAUAAAAUGUUCGGUGUUCAUAUUCGAUUUAUCGUUUGAAAUAUGAUAACUUUGAAUCGAAGUAAUUAAAAUGAAAUAUAUUCCAUGUUGUUGCUUUUUUUAUUAUGUGGGCGCCUGAAAAUUGCUUGCAAAAAAUUCGGAUUGAAAAUUCAUUAGGAUGAUUGAAGGCAAUUUGUUAGAACGCACGAAACCAACAAAAAAGAAAAACAAAUUGUUAUCAUUCUGGCUCUUUUUGUGCACACGUGCAGAAGCUUUUCUGUGAAAAAGCAUACCAUAGAACCAUAAUCACAUUUAUAACAUACACACGCUCUUUAUCAUUCUCCAAAUUGUUUGAACGAGACAAAGCGUUAUAAAAUCAACGGUUGAUAAAUUGCAUAAAAGUGCGAUGAUAAAAACUUAUCGAUUUAUAGCAAAUAUCGAUACACACGCACACACACUUAAAUCCAUGUGGCAUGUGAUUCAUCGCAACAAUCGAACAACAAAACGAAACAACAACCAACAAAUAUAUAAUCAAUUUUCGUACGUGUAUAAUUUCAGCAUUAUAAAUAGCAAAACAAAGAAAGAAAAAAGAAGAAGAGUAUCGAACCGAACAUUAUAGGUUGAUAGUCAAGUCAAGUCAUUCAGAAGUGAUAUCAUUUGAUAUAUUGCAGAUGUAUUUUGGAGUUAUUUUUAAGAUACGACAUAAAAAAAGAAGAAGUAAUAGUAGUUGAACAAAAAAAAAAACAACACGAAAUACAUAACCCGUCCAGUUGAUGAAUCAGGUUGUUUGACUUGCGAUCGCCCGUAUUGAAAAGGAGAGAGUGCGAGAAUUUGUGUGACAAGUUCGCAUAAACAAAAUAUCAUCAAAGCGAUACGGUUGUCAAUUCAAAUUCAUUCCGUGCGUUUGCUGUAUAAUGAAGUGGGCAAAUGAAUUUCCGCCGCAAACUAACACUAAAAUCGUGAUCUUCGUGCAUAAAUUGGAUAAAAAUUACUGGAUAAAUGUAAAGUGAACCACAGCGGCAACAGAGAAGAAUUGAAAAAGAAACAAAUUAAUUUUUGCUGUGCGCGUGUGUCAUUCGACGGUUACUAAUAAAGUGAAUGUAGUGCCAUAUGUUUUCUAUGUCUUAAUUUAAAAAAAAAAAAGCUUCGUCGACAGAAGUGACGUAUUUUCUAUGUAGAAUUAUGUGCAUUCAAAUAUUGUGCAAACGAUUUCGAAUGAAAGUUAAACCAACGACGCCGAUUUAUUGUAAGCAUAAAACAUCGUGUGCAUUUCAACAAGAACAAAAGCAAGAAAUCGAACAACAUUUACCGGCAUUUGAUACAGAUACAAUAAUAAUACGGCUGAGCAAUACACGACCAAACAUUCAGCUUCCUAACGAAACUCAAACACACAUGCGAACGGGAUCACAUGAGAAACUCAUGUGGCAAGUGGUCACAGUGCCGUCCAAAUUAAGUGAUGCAUUUGGAUCAUUGCUACGAUAUGCACAAGAAUCAAUCAAUGUAUUCUUCUGUCCAACAAAAGCCCGGCGCAAGGAAAAGGACGGUGAUCAAAAUUCAAAUGACACAAAACUCUAUUUAGAAGAAAGUGUACUUGAACGAAAACUUACCGAUGCCAAUCUUAAUACAAUUGUAGAACUUCCAGCUGGCUUAGACUAUAACGAAUGGCUUGCUUCGCACACAUUGGCACUAUUCGAACAUGUAAAUUUAGUGUAUGGAACAAUUAGUGAAUUUUGUACAACAUCCGGGUGCCCAGAUAUGACUGGACCAGGAAAUAGAAUGUACUUAUGGUUUGACGAAAAGGGGAAAAAGACUCGCGUCGCAGCACCGCAAUACAUCGACUAUGUAAUGACAUUUACACAAAAAACUGUUAGCGAUGAGUCGAUAUUUCCAACAAAAUAUGCCAACGAAUUUCCUAGUUCAUUCGAAAGCAUUGCAAGGAAAAUCUUGCGACUAUUAUUUCAUGUGAUUGCUCAUUUGUAUGCAGCCCAUUUUCGGGAGAUUGCUUUGUUAGGUUUACAUUCACAUUUAAAUUUAACAUUUGCCCAUUUGACCGCGUUGCAUAAGCGUUUCAAUUUAAUAGAAUCCAAAGAAACAGAUGUGUUACGUGAUUUGGAGAUUGCAUUGCGAUUAACUGAUGAUCCCGCAUUACCACAACAGUCGGCAUCGUCAUCAUCGAUACCAAGUACGGAAUUAAAUUCACAAACGUCACUACUACAGUCCUCAACAAAUUUAACGACAAUACAUAUGUCCUCGACUACAUCUGCUUCAAUAACAGCAGCAACAGUCACAACCAGCAGUAGCAGUGGCACUACGCUUGUAAAUUAUAGUGAUGAUCAAACAACAGUUUCGUUGAUCGGUGAUACGGGAUUAGGUACACAGCUAACAGAUACGACGGCCACCACAUCGACAAAUGGAUCAAAUCUCAUUUCGGACACGUCAUCUCAACCACAGUCUCAACAGCAACGGGGAUAGGCUAAAAUUCAAGAUGAAUUGGACGAGCACUAUUUAUAUAAACAAAUAUUGAAAAAAAAAAACGAACGAAAAAAAUUCUAUCUCCGUGUAAAAACACAUUUCAAAUACAAAAAAGAAAUUAUCACUUUGCACGCUGUACACACAUUCAUAUGGACAUUUAUUCGAGACAGAUAGAGAGUGACACGACACUUAUCUUAUAAUAUAUAUAUAUUUAACAAAAAAUUCUUUGAAGAGAAAACAAAACGAAUCCCGAACGAAGAAAAUAUGAGGCAAAACCAAAAUCAACCCACUGCCCCCGUUCCAGUAAAUUCUAAAUUAGAUGGUAUCUACGUCCAAAUAAUGUAUGUCACAGCAGCAAAUUGAUAAAUUUAAAAAAAUGUGUCUAAAUCAUAGAAAAAUCAAACAAAUCAAUUUAAAAUUGGAAUAGUACACAGAAGAAAAUUGCUUGAAGAAAAGCCAUAGCGAUAAAAAAAAAAAGAGAAAAACACAAUUAAAUUUUAUAUUUUCAAGAGAGCGAAAAUAAAUUACUACAUUUAAAUAAAACAAAACAAAUAAAAUGCAUCGAGACUAGAACAGACAAAAAAAAAUACGAAAAAAAAAUACAAACAUAAACAUGGCAAGAAAAUUUAAAAUAUUGGAUAUAAAAUAGACAGACUCUAUCUCUCCUGUUGAACGGGGUAUAACGGCAGAAAUUACUAACAAAAAGGAAACCUUGUCAUCCAAUUUUAUUUGAGCGCCAAUCUCUGACCAAUGUGAUUUACGUUUUUUUUCUUUUAACUAUAUUUAUAUAAAAAAAUGGAAUGUAGAGAAAAAAACAAAAAGAUUUAAAAAAAAAGUGAAUGAAUGCAGAAGAAAAAAAAAUUAUGUUUAACUAUUUUUAUGAUUCUAUUGUUAUUUGAGGGAAAAUAAAUGAUGAAGAAAAAAUGAAUAUAAAAGAAUGCAGCGAAUGCAACAGUAAUUGACAGUAGACGGUGUAGAAUGUGAAAAUUUAACUCUUACUAACUAGAAUGAUUCGGAAAGAGAUAGAGAGAGAGAGGGAGGGGGAACGAACAAAAAUUGCUCGAUUUGCCGCAUGGCUCUGAUCAGCUCCUAGUAACCAAAACGAGUGGAACGUUUAUUACAAAUUGACUUCGAAUAUAAACAUAUUGAUUAUUGACGACGAUCGAACAGUUUUGCGAUGUUUUCUUGCAAUAAAUUCGUAAUGGACUCGGCUCUAUCUCUCUCUCUCUUACUUUCACCUUUCAUUCUCGGCUAAAUUAUUACAUAUGAUUAUAAUCUAUUAUAUGUUCACUAUUAUUAUUAUUAUAUUAUUGUAAAUUAAGGAGCGAACCACGUUAAAUGUGGAACAUCGCACAAAAUUGACACGAACGUUUGGAGUUUUUCUUUAUCGUUGUUAUUUUCUUACAAUUUUCAGACGAGAACUUUUCAAUCCUCCGGCAAUCGUUUCAUUUCCGAAAUUGGAGAAGUUGUCUUUAUUUUUUACAGUCAACAAGCAGCUAUUCUAAAUUCACUAACAUCCUCCAGUAACAGAGUUAAACUCUUGAACUUUGAAAAGAAAAAGAGAAAAAAGAUAACUAAGAAGAAAAAAAAUAACGGUAAUUUUUUGCGACAGAUUCUGCCUUUGACGUGUUUACGCUCUAAAAAUUACUACACACCCACACACACAUACAACACACACACAAAAAAAAGAAACCACACUUAAACAAAAAAAUGUAGGAUAUUUAAAUCAAAUUUAUGAUAAUGUUGACAUAAAUAGAGAUUUGAAAAUGCAAAUCAAAAAAUUUAAUUAAAAAAAAAAAGAAAUACACAUUGUUACUUGUAAAGAAAACAAAAUGAAUCUAUAAUUGAAAUCUAUAGAGAUUUCCUUCUUUCAGACGAUUUAAUGACAAAAUGAAAAGCGUGAACGAGAGUGAAACAUCCACAAAACAUAUAUGAAAAAUAAAGCCAAAUCAAUAAUUAAAAAGAAAACAAAUAUAUCGUAUCAAAUUGUUCAAAUGUACACAAACACAUACAUUCUUUCAAUUCAAUUAAUCGAACUUGGUCGUUCGUUUGAAAUCUCGAAUUUGUUUGUGUGUUUUUUCCUCCCCCCAAUGCAAUGAUCUUUUUAGUUUAGAAACAAAUAGGCUCGUUUGAAGAUUUAACAACCACCAAAAACCAUACCGACUGAACCAAAUGAAAAAAAAAAAUGAGAGAGAAAGAUAGAUAUUAUGACAUCUUCCGUAAUUUUUUUUAUGAACAAUAAAAAAACCGUGCAGUCAACAUAUUAAUCCAAAAGUGUUUAAUUGUGAUAUGAUAUUCACUUGCAAUAUUUGAAUGUCCGAUGACAAAACUGAAAUAGGCAAAUAUGGAAAGAGAGAGAUAAAAUCACGCAAUGCGAUUUUUUUUCUCGUUCUUGAUUAUUUUUUACUUGGAAAAUUCACGAAUCGAUGACGAAGAUAAUAAUAUAACAUUUAAAAAAUGGAAAACAACAGCCGAGACAAAACAAGCUUUAAUUAAACCAAAAAAAAAACAA